UGCUCGGGCGCCGCGCGCACCGCGAGCAGCGAUGAGCGACGGAGGAUGAUCGGCCGCGGCUGCUGUGUGCUGCUGCUGCUGCUGGGCCUCGGGCUCGUGGGCCCAGGCCGCGCGAACCCCGACGCCAAGCGCCUCUACGACGACCUGCUGUCCAACUACAACCGCCUGCUGCGGCCCGUGCCCAGCAACAACGACACCAUCGUCGUCAAACUCGGACUGCGCCUCUCGCAGCUCAUUGAACUGAACCUCAAGGACCAGAUCCUCACGACCAACGUCUGGCUCGAACACGAAUGGCAGGACCACAAGUUCAAAUGGGACCCCAACGAGUACGGCGGGGUGACGGAGCUCUACGUGCCCAGCGAGCACAUCUGGCUGCCCGACAUCGUGCUUUACAACAACGCGGACGGCGAGUACGGGGUGACGACGAUGACCAAGGCCGUGCUGCAGCACACGGGCAAGGUGCACUGGACCCCGCCGGCCAUCUUCAAGUCGUCGUGCGAGAUCGACGUGCGCUACUUCCCCUUCGACCAGCAGAUCUGCUUCAUGAAGUUCGGCUCGUGGACUUACGACGGCUUCCAGAUCGACCUGAAGCACAUCAACCAGAAAGGCGCGGAGAACCAGGUUGAGCUGGGCAUAGACCUGCACGAGUACUACCCGAGCGUGGAGUGGGACAUCCUGGGGGUACCGGCCGAGCGCCACGAGAAGUACUACCCGUGCUGCACCGAGCCCUACAUCGACAUCUUCUUCAACAUCACGCUGCGCCGCAAGACCCUCUUCUACACGGUCAAUCUCAUCAUCCCGUGCGUAGGCAUCAGCUACCUGUCGGUGCUGGCCUUCUACCUGCCGGCCGACUCGGGCGAGAAGAUCGCCCUCUGCAUCAACAUCCUGCUCUCGCAGACCAUGUUCUUCCUGCUCAUCUCCGAGAUAAUCCCGUCGACGUCGCUGGCGCUGCCGCUGCUCGGCAAGUACCUGCUCUUCACCAUGAUCCUGGUGGCGCUCUCGGUGGUCGUCACCAUCGUCAUCCUCAACGUGCACUACCGCAAGCCCAGCACCCACAAGAUGGCCCCGUGGGUGCGCAACUUCUUCAUCCGCCGGCUGCCUAAGAUCCUGCUGAUGCGCGUGCCCGAGGACCUGCUGGACAACAUGGCCGCGCACAAGAUCUACGGGCGCAUCGUGCAGCCGGCGCGGUCGGCCGGCGGCGGCGGGCCCGGCGCCGAGAACGGCAACGGCAAGCACCAGAGCAAGUUUAGCGCGGCCGUGGCGGCGGCCGUGCAGCAGCAGCAGCAGUCCUCGUCGCUGCUGUCCUCGCCGGAGUCGCUGCCGCGCCACGGCCAGCAGCAGACCGCCGCGGGCGGCCUCGCCUGCAACGGCCUGCACCACAGCACGCAGGCCCACCACCGCUUCCUUGGCGCCGGCAGCAUCGUCGGCAACGUGCUGCAGUACAACGGCCUGCCGACCGUCAUGUCCGGCCUCGACGAGUCCAUGAGCGACCUGGCCGCGCGCAAGAAGUACCCCUUCGAGCUCGAGAAGGCCAUCCACAACGUCAUGUUCAUUCAGCACCACAUCCAGCGUGAGGACGACUUCCGCGCGGAGGACCAGGACUGGGGCUUCGUCGCCAUGGUGCUGGAUCGGCUCUUCCUCUGGGUCUUCGCCAUCGCCUCGCUCGCCGGCACCUUCGCCAUCCUCUGCGAGGCGCCGGCCCUCUACGACGACACCAAGCCCAUCGACAUCAAGCUGUCCUCGGUCGCCCAGCAGAUGUUCUUCCCCAACAAGCAGCUCGAGCACCUCAUGAAGCCCCGGAAUUGAAGCCCGCCGCAUCCACGCCGCAGCUCUCCAAGUGCAUCUCCGAGUCGAAUCAAACUUCUGCGCUUGAUCCACCCGUCGACGCCUGUCUCAAAUCAAAGCGGACGCGCCUCGCUCGACGCGCACUCUGGCUGCGUCUCGGCACCUCUUCCCGCCGAAAUUGAGCGUCUCCAAACACUGCCUACGCAAUCAAUAUUACUCGAUCUCUCUGUACAUAAAUCGUUGCGUAUAAACUUAUCGACACUCCAAUUAUUAGCUCUACGUGUGGAGGCGUGCCCGCGAACCAAUCGCCUCCAGAGCCUGAACCGCGGCUUAGACGCUCCGCCUUGCCGCUGCCGCGCAACAAUCAACUGUUCUUUUCUAGACAUGUUUAAUCAAACGUACAUUUCAAUUUAGUCCGCAAACCUACCGACUACUAGUCGACUAAUCGCAUCGGACAACAGCUGUUAACUAGUUGCAAAUCAUGUUAUAUAUAUACGUAUUGUCGACUGUUUUCAAAUAUUUAUCUUACGUCUGUUCGUUAUUGAGAAUCAAUUUGCUCGAAUUACCGAUUAUAUCGUCGAUAUCCACCCGCUCGUUUGAUUCUUUACCAUCCGUCGUUUAUUUUUAAUGUUGCCAAAAAAUCGACACUUUUCUAUUGGCUGCGAAAAAUAAUAACAAGGCUGAAAUGUAACGAUGAAUUGAAAAUGUAGCAGGUUCGAAUUGAAUAACUAGCCGCGCAUUCACUUAAAUAUUUUAUAAACGCAUAAGCAUAGCCUUUUUAUACAGCUUAUAAAAAAUGACAUUUUUUAUCCUUAUUUCGAAAAAAUAACAACAAUAAAUACGUGCAUUGGUAGAACGUUGACUAUUUCGCAUAAGUUCUGUAUUUCAUCUCUGGUUUUGUAAAAUAACCAAUAAAAAAGCUACAUAAAAUUGU